UAGUAAACUUACUAACUUGAUCAUUAGAGAAUGUCACGAGAAGUGCUCCCAUGCAAGCUACUACACAGUAUUAGCUGAAUUGCGUAAAACCUUCUGGAUCCCCCAUUGCUUUUCUGUUGUAAAAAAGGUUAUGAAAGACUGUUUACUCUGCCGUAGAUUCAAUGCUAGAACGGUUAAAAUAAACCAGAACGCUUACCGUGAAUCUAGGGUGAACCCAACACCAGUUCCUUUUCGUAAUAUAUUCAUGGACCAUUUAGGCCCAUAUUAUGUCAAGUUGAAUGGGGUUAAAACUAAAGUAUGGAUCCUGUGUAUUUCUUGCAUGUGGAGCAGAGCCAUUAAUCUUAAGAUUUGUAACGAUUUAUCAGUCACCGAAUUUUUGCGUGCAUUCCAGCUAUAUUGUUUUGAAUUCGGCUUGCCACAGCAUUGCGUUUCGGAUCUCGGCUCCCAGCUCGUCGCAGGUUCCAAUAUCAUUCUUGACUUUCUGAAAGAUUCCGCCGUAAGGAGCUAUUUAGCCGAUAAUGGAAUCGCGAAACUUACGUACGAACAGUUUUAUAAAGGCUGUAGUAAACUUGGUUCUUUGGUUGAAUCGUGCGUGAAGAUGACGAAGAGAUUAAUUUUUGGAUCAAUGCGCAAUCUGAUUUUGAACUACCGUGAUUUCGAGUUUAUCGUGUGCCAAACUGUACAUCUUGUGAACAGGCGACCGAUAGCCUACAAAGAAGCAUUGUGCGAUUCUUCGUCUAGUAACGUUCCGCAGCCUAUUACUCCAGAGAAAUUAAUUAGAGGCCAUGAUUUGAUCUCGGUACUCAUAAUUCCCGAACUAUAUAAAGCUGAUGAAGACGAUCCCAGUUGGGAACCUUCUUACACCCCGUCAGAUUUGAGAGCGUCCGAUAAAAAGCUAUCCAAAGUACGUAGCAGGCUGAUAGAAAUUUAUCAGUCGGAAUUCUUAGCCAAUUUGGCGAUUCAAGCUACUGACAAGUCUGACCGCUAUAAGCCAGUUAACCAUCAUACCCUGAAGCCAGGUGAUGUGGUUCUGCUAAAAGAACCCUAUACAAAGGCUAUGCAUUUCCCCAUGGGUAUCGUUGAGGAAGUAACUGUGAAUUCUUGCGGUGAAAUCACUGGCGCUAAGAUUCGCAAAGGUAGUAAUAGAGAGAUAGUUAAGCGACAUGUAACUACAAUUAUUCCAUUGCUUUCUUUGGAUCAGGAAGAAUCGAGUGACGUAAAAGACGCUCAGCCUGCUGAAAUUUCUUCCACGAUUAAAGUGCGACGCCUCGCAGCAAUUGAUAGCGAGGCAAAGACUAGGCAAAUACUAGCAGGCUGAUAGUAGGAUUAAUUUGUUCUGUGUUAUUAUUUAAUGUUGUCACUGUUUUUCGUAUUAGUUCAUAAGUCGUUUCAUCCACUUUACCCGAGUAAAGCGGAUCCCCUUCCCGGGAGUAAACAAAACUAAGAUUUAGUUUUGAAUAAUUUUAAAUAGUUUCAAAUUUCCGGGUCAU